ACACUGGGGGAUCUUGCAAGAGUGGAGAAGUGAAGCAUUGUCAGUUUCUCAUUCAGAUCCUUCAGUCAAACUUCAUCCUAAAUGUUGCCUAACUCAGUGAGUGUGUCUGCGAGCACAGAGCCUUGAACAAAGAGCCCUGCUGGCUGCUGGUUGAGAGGGCUGGGUUUGCUCUCCAGACUGCAAACUGAUUUUUAGACACCGACAGGAGCUGGAUUUACACAAGGCAGCAGCAGCAGCAGCAGCAGCAGCAGCGGGCUCGAGCCUGUGAUCCUCCCGGCGUCCUGACGUCAAUUUAUAAGGACCCAGCGGUGCCGGGGCGGCAGGCACAUAAGAAGGGCUGGGAAGGAAAGAAAGAGACAGAAGCCCCCCGGACCAUGUUGAUGUGAUAUUCCUCAUAAUCUGCUGAGCAUUCUGUGACUGACCACGGCCAGAGCUUAAGAGGAGGGUCCAAAUCCGGAGAGUGUAUGCGUGUGUGCUGCUAUGGGGAAGGACUACUACAAGACCCUGGGCAUCCCCAAGGGCUCCAACGAGGAGGAGAUCAAGAAGGCCUACCGGCGCAUGGCGCUGCGCUUCCACCCUGACAAGAACAAGGAUGCCAACGCUGAGGAGAAGUUCAAAGAGAUCGCAGAGGCCUAUGAGGUACUCAGCGACCCCAAGAAGAGGGUCGUCUAUGAUCAGCUAGGAGAGGAAGGUUUGAAGACGGGUGGCAGCAGCUCUUCAGGUGCUCCCGGUAGUUCAACGUACCACUACACCUUCCAUGGAGACCCUCAUGCCACGUUCGCCUCCUUCUUUGGCGGCUCCAACCCCUUUGACAUGUUUUUCGGCUCCAACCGCAGCCACAGCCGCUCCAACGGGUUCUCUUUCCACAACGACCACGACACCGAGCAGGACAUGGACGUGGAUGAGGAUGACCCCUUCUCUCAUUUCGGGAGACAGUUCGGCUUUCCGGGGGGGAUGAACAACGGCUUCCCAGGGGAGGGCCGCAGGAGGAGGGGGGUGCCAUCAGAACGCCUGGGGACAGGACGAAAGCACCAGGACCCUCCGGUGGUCCACGAGCUGAAGGUCUCGCUGGAGGAAAUUUUCCACGGCUGCACAAAGCGCAUGAAGAUCACCCGCCGCAAGCUGAACCCGGAUGGGCGGAGCAUGAGGACAGAAGACAAGAUCCUCAACAUUAUCAUCAAGAAGGGCUGGAAGGAAGGAACCAAGAUCACCUUCCCAAAGGAGGGGGACGAGACCCCUGAAAACAUUCCUGCCGACAUAGCCUUUGUGCUUAAAGACAAAGGGCAUGCCCACUUCAAGAGAGACGGUUCCAAUAUCAUUUAUAACUGCAAGAUCAGUCUAAAAGAGGCGUUGUGUGGCUGCACAGUUAGCAUUCCCACACUGGAAAACCGCAUCAUCUCGCUCCCAUGCCAUGACAUCAUCAAGCCAGGGACGGUGAAGCGACUCAGAGGGGAAGGCCUGCCUUUCCCCAAGAAUCCAUCACAGCGCGGUGACCUCAUCGUGGAGUUUUCUGUCCGUUUUCCCGACAGGAUCCCCCCGCAGUCCAGAGAGAUUAUCAGACAACACCUCCCCCAGUCAUAGAAAGACUCACCUUUAACCCGCCACCACACACUCCAGACUAAAUGGCCCAAACCCAGAAAACCGUUUGUUAAUACUCCUUUAUAGCUCAUAUUUUGACCCUCAUUGUAGUUUCCCUUUCCACUUCCAGUCCCCUGUGUCCUGUGUUAAUGCAUGCAGCAUUAAACAGACGCUGUUGUUUGUAGGGACUUCGCAGUGGGAGGAUGAGGGAAGAAUUCCAAGAUGAAUGGCAGUAUCAGGAUGUAAUUAUUUGUGUUUGUUUUGUCUUUUGGCCCAAGCACGCACACAAGCACUCGAGCAGUGGAGCGGUGCUGAGGAUGGGCUCAGCACAAUCGUGUCUUUUACCGGAUCGUCUUUUCUUAACUCUGUUUUUUACGGAUUUAUCAGUGGUUUUAUAUGCCG